AACCAGGCCGGCCAGUGAGGCGGAACUGUGGGCGGGGCGCGGGGCAGAGCGCGAAACAUGGCGGGGCAGGGAUCUUGCGUCGGCGGCGUCGGCGACUGCUACCAGGAGAACGAAGACAGCGUGUUCAAAGCGGCCGUGGAGGUGUUCCAGAAGCUUAAGGACCUCAAAUGCUCCUUUCUGGAGGGCCUGUACAUCACAGAACCAAAGACGAUUCAGGAACUGCUGUGCAACCCCUCCAAGUACCGCUUGGAGAUUCUGGAAUGGAUGUGCAUACGAGCCUGCCCCUCCUUGCAGGAAAAGUUCAGCUCACUGAAGGCGGCCCCGCCGGAGCUGAAGAUCCGAGAGAUGGUGAAGCUAGGCCAUGAGCUCAUGCUGUGUGCGCCAGACGACCAGGAGCUCCUGAAGGGCUGCGCCUGCCCCUGGAAGCAGCUGCACUUCAUGGACCGGCUGCUCGACGUGAUCCGCAGUCUGAGCGUCGGAGGCUCCACCUGCUCCAGCCUGCAGGAGCACUUGGAGGACACCAGGGAGAAGAACGAGGAGCUGCUGCAGGAGGUCUUCUCCAGCUCCCACCUGCAGGCGCUGCUGAGUCCCCGGAGGGACCCGUGGCCCCUGGACGUGCAGCCCGUCCUUGAGGAGCAGAGCGAGCAGCGGCAGAGUGCCAGCCCCUCGCCCCGGUCAGAGGAGGAGAAGGUGGCGGAGCUGGCCAAGCAGCUGCGGGAGAGUACUGCCAAGCUGCAGACACUCAGGGCAGAGGGCUCGCUGCAGUCCCCGCUGGCCCCGUUGGCUUUACGGUGCGCUUCUCAGCAGAAGCCAGGGGCCGCCGCCAGUGGGACCGACAUGAGCACCCUGGAGCAAAAGCUGCGCCUGGUCACCUCUGACUUCCACCAGCUCGUGCUGGCCUUCCUCCAAGUCUACGAUAACGAGCUGAGUGAGUGCUGCCAGCGCCGACGCCCUGACCUGCACCUGUGCGGCCCCACGGUCCAGUCUGUGUCGCAGACUCUGACUUCCUGUAGCCAACUGUUGAAAGCGGUUGUAGAGAUCACGGACACGGCUGCGAAAGCCACGGAGAUGGCCAAGAAGCAGCAGGGCGAGCCCAUCUGUUGGGGCAGCAGCAGCUCCGUGAAGAGUCUAGCCGCUAAAAUGGAGGAACUUACACAGACAUACACGGUCUCCAGUGACAGCCUGCGCCAGGGCUCGGGCUAGUACAGAAGGCGAUGGCCACGGGCAGGCGCCGCGGAGCCUUCGCAGCAGAAGCAGCUGCGGCCCCGACGUUGUCCGGGUCGCCCUGCUUUGCCUGCAGCCUCUGGCCUUGUGGGAGGGCUCUUGAAGAGAAAGGAAACCUCAGGAUCUGAAAAGCUG